AUGGCAUCCUCCAACGUCCCACCCAGCGGCGUAUGGGCCCCAACAAUCACCUUCUUCAACCACAGCACCGACACCCUCGACACCGACUCCCAAGCCAAAUACUACACUUAUCUCUCCUCCCAAACCGGCCUUUCCGGGCUCGUCGUGCUAGGCACAAACUCUGAAACAUUUCUUCUAACCCGCGAAGAACGCAAAACCUUGCUAAAAGUCGCGCGCAAAGCAUGCGGUCCCUUUUAUCCGAUCAUGGCCGGCGUAAGCGGACAUUCAACAAAACAAGUCCUCGAGUUUAUCGCAGAUGCAAAGGAAGCAGGGAGCAACUAUGCGCUUUUGCUCCCACCAGCGUAUUUUGGAAAACAGACGACGGCGGCUGUGAUUAACAACUUUUUUGAUGAUGUAGCCGCGGCGAGUCCGUUGCCCAUUGUGAUAUACAAUUUCCCGGCGGUGUGCAACGGUAUAGACCUCGAUUCAGCAACCAUUGCACACCUCGCCAAAAGGCAUAGUAAUGUGAUUGUCGGCGUAAAGCUGACUUGCGGUGCCGUGGCCAAAAUCACACGUCUCGCCGCCGAGCUUCCAGCCGAGAAAUUCGCUACGUUUGGCGGACAGUCUGAUUUUCUGAUCGGUGGGCUUGCUGCGGGGUCCAUGGGCACUAUUGCGGGUUUUGCGAAUGUGUUUCCAAAAACUAUUGUGCGGAUCUAUAACUUGUAUCAAGAAGGAAAUAUUCAGCAGGCGAUGGAGUUGCAUAAGCAAGCGGCGCUGGCUGAGCAGCCGUGUAAAGCUGGCAUUGCCUCUGUCAAGUAUGCUGCUGCGUUGAAUACGGCCAAGGCGGCGGGCAUUGAGGACGCGAUAGAAAAGUUGAAGCCGCGAAGGCCGUAUACGGAGCCAUCUGAGGCGGAGAAGAAGAGUAUUGAGAUGCAGAUAGCGAGUUUAGUGAGUGUCGAAGCAGGCUUGUAG